AAGAGAGAAACAAGAGGAUGUGAACUAGCUUCCUGAAACCAAAUAGAAUAGAUAAAUAAGGCAAUGAAACUAAAAUUAAUCUGAAGAAUGUAAAGAAAAGUGAAGAAAAAAACGAAGGAGUGUGUAGAAGACAAACCAACGAAUCAAGAACGUGUUCCAUUGGCCAAGAGAAGAAGAAAGACCAAGAAGGAAAGCAAAAGAUACCGAGUAAUAAGAAGACAUCACCCAGGUAGGUUCCUUCCUCACCUGGUUGUCUCACCUGGCUGGCUCUCCUGUUGUAUUACGCCGCCCUGUGAAAGGCAGGGCAAUUGGAUCAACCUGCUUCCCAGACGUGACAACCUGCUUGCCCGCACCAUGAAGCUCCUGCCCAGCCAGCCUCCAGCAGACAGCAAGCCUGAGGCACAGCCUGUUGGAGACACUUGCCAGACACCUAGACCCAGGGGAAAGGUUGCCCGGCCCAAGUUAUGCUACCAAUGGACAACAGCUGAUGUGCAGAAAUGGUUCAAGAGGCAUUGCAGUGAAUACUUCCAGCUGUACGCACAUCUGUUUGCAUCAAAUGACAUCACAGGCAAGGCUUUGGUGCGCAUCAGUGAGGGAACACUGCUCAGGAUGGGCAUCAAGAACCCAGAGCAUCUGGAGGCCAUCUGGCGGGAGAUCCUCAAGCUGCGACUCAAAGCAGACAUACAGGAGAUGAAGGAGAUAGAGAUGAGUGCUGUGAUUUAGGUAUGGAGUGUGUCAUCCUGGCAACUGUCUCCACUUGUAUGAAGACAGGAGCAAGGGAGGGAGAGGUACCUCAGUAUAGAAAUUUUUCAGCAUUUACAAGAUGUAGGUAAGAGCCCUUGUUCAGUUAGGGGAUUGAAGUCUUUCAGUACUAAAGUGAGAGGGAAUACAGGAGGGAGGGAGGGAGAGGAUGGGGUAAAUAAACAGGGACAGUAGAAGCUUUUUUCUCAUGUCCAGUCACAUGAGGAAAUGCAGUGAUGAUGCAUCAAAACAUUGCAUAGGACUUGUAGGUCGAGUGAAGCUUUAUCUGUACCCCGCACAAUAUUUUUAUCUGUAGGAAUCAUUUGUGGCUUUCAAGAUCUCAACAUUAUUUGAGAUGUUUGUACUUUUUGUAAAUGUAUUAAAAGUUCCCAGAAACAAUAAAGUGUUAUAUCA